UCUCUCUCGGUGACAAUGACAUCUAAUCACCGUCAGUUUCUGUCACCGCGACGUCACGAAACAUGGCGCUCGUGCGGAAAGGUGAUGCUGGACCACUCUGUUUACUGCGCUUUUGAUUUUCCCCCGAGCCCAGAAGUUUGACAAUGCCGGGAAAAGACAUAUCCUCACAUUUAAUCGUCCGGGAGAGGUAGUUAACGAGCGAGCGGUUCAAAACGAUGAGACAUAAUCGUAAAUAAGACGCCGGUUGCGGUUAGCAUUAGCAUUAGCUUCGUAACCAUCACAGAACUGUCGUGUUUGCUAACGCUCACAACGCGACAUAUGACUAAUAUCACACAACAUGAGUCUUUGACACGGCGGAUAUAACGAUAUAGACGUACAUAGACAUAGAUGAGCCAAUUCAGGCCUCGUUUGCGUUAUUUGUUUCGAUGUGAUAGCCGUUUCUAGGUAGCUGAGGUAGUGGAUUAGCUGCAGAGCUGAGGAUGGAGGCUCUCCGUGGAGGUGUGUGCUUACUAGGAUUCGCCAGUCUCUCAAAAGCUGCUCCAGUCUCAAACACACUCGCAGCAGAGGCUGCUGGAUAUGUGGAUUUCUCUCUGACCAUCUCGCUGCUGUUGUCUCUGGCUGUGUUGGUGGCCCUCGUGGUACUGCUGCUCAACUGUGCUUCCUGCUGCAAAGAGCAAGAGAUCAACUUUAAGGAGUUUGAAGACCACUUUGAGGAUGAGGUUGAUUUCACACCCCCAGCAGAGGACACCCCCUCUAUGCAGUCGCCUGCGGAGGUUUACACACUCGCUGUUCCACCUGUGCCCCUCCCUGGACCCCCUCACCUCCAGUUGCCCCGGAUGACAGACGUCUCAUCAGCUCCUCACGUGGCACGACACUCUCUCAGUUACAUUCAGGAGAUCGGGAAUGGCUGGUUUGGAAAGGUUCUGCUCAGUGAGAUCUACGUGGACCCCGGAGUCGCCCGAGCGGUUGUCAAAGAGCUGAAGGCCAACGCCAGCUCCAAAGAGCAGAAUGAGUUCCUGCAGCAGGGAGACCCAUACAGGGUUCUUCAGCAUCCUAAUAUACUGCAGUGUCUUGGUCAGUGUGUGGAGGCCGACCCUUUCCUGCUUGUUUUUGAGUACUGUGAACUGGGGGACCUGAAGAGUUACGUUUCUAAGCAUGAAUGGCUGUACAGGAAUGGAGAACUGCUACAGCUGCAGAAAAUGGCCUGCGAGAUCGCUGCUGGGGUCACCCACAUGCACAAGCACAACUUCCUGCACAGUGAUUUGGCUUUGAGGAACUGCUAUCUCACAACAGACCUGACUGUCAAAGUAGGAGAUUAUGGCAUUGGCCCUUCUAAGAACAAGAUUUUUGUUUUUUUCAGGGCAUUGGGUGUAACAUUGUGGGAGCUGUUUGAAGGUGCAAAGCAGCCAUAUCCUCACCUGUCAGAUAGAGAAGUGCUCCACCAUGUGCUCAAGGAUCAACAAGUCAGACUUCUCAAGCCACAGUUGGACUUACCAUACUCGGAAAGAUGGUAUGAGGUUCUACAGUUUUGUUGGCUGCCGGCAGACAAGAGGGCUACUGCUGAAGAGGUCCACCGCCUGCUCACUUACCUCCGUAUGCAGGGUCAAAAAGAUGUGGAGGAUGACUUCGAGCAGCGCUGGAGCUCUCUCAAACCCAAUCCCACCACUCGUCAAGCCACCGUCAGUCAUUCCUCCUUCCCCAUCUUGGAGCAGUUUGAUGAUGGCCGAGAACCAGACGAGGUGCUCACAGUCACCGAAACGAGUCACGGGCUGAGUUUUGAAUAUGUGUGGGAGGCAGCCAAGCAUGACCACUAUGACAGCCACAAUCGCUCUGCCUUGGACACUACUUUGAAUUACCACAGUAUGUUCUUUCCAGUGCCACGGCAAGAUAUCCAGGCUCAUUUUCCUGACACUGUAGCGCAAGCAGAAAAUCAAGUCCCGGAAACCUUGCCAGUGUUUGAUGCACACAAAGCAUCCUCUGGAAAUGACUACUUUAUUAAGUUGGAGGAGCUAGAUGAGAGUGAAAUUGGCAUGGGGGAAAGCCAUGGUGCUGAAGGUACCAAUGCUUCAGAGCAGCAUCAGUAUGUAGUCUUACAGGACGCCCGAUUGGAUGAAUCCAGUACGGAUGCUGAUUUCUUCCAUCAGAGCAUUGACUCAAAAGACUCUUACCUUCAGGACAGCCACAUAUGGUCCUCAAGUGAACAUGAGAGCCCUUGCCAUACCAACAUUUUCGGUGAGGGUGAUGCAAAACUGGAAGAUUCUCAUUCAUUCACGGGAGGUUUUAUGGAGCUCCCGGAGAUGAUUGUACCGAAGAGGGAGUCUGCUGGUGAAGCCAAUGGGAAAGAGGCAAGUGACAGUUUUCAGAAGUCUUUUUUAGGGGUUGGACCAGAACCCAUUCAUCUGGAGGUCUCUGAUCAGGAGAGCUCCGAUGUAGUGACAAUCCUUAACACUGAGAAACUGGCUGAAAACUUCUUGUUUCUUAAAGAUAACAGCCUGUUGAAGGACAAGUCACAGUCUGAAUCAAAAAAUAUCCAGGAGACCAUGAGCUCCAUCAUUGAGAACGAUGUCUCAGAUAGUGUAAACCUCAUAGGUGAUUCUUUGAAAUCAGCCGGGAAUUCUGCAUCACUUAAGGAUGAAUUCUUAGACUUAGUCAGCCCGAUUUUAGGUGAUUUUCUGUCACCUUUGAAAGGAAAAGAAACAAUGGUGCCUUUUGAUAUAUUAGUAACAGGACAAACCUGUAGCAACCACCUGCCAGACACCAACGGCUCUUUGCGUUCUCCAAAAUCUGGGAACUGUUCCUCUUCUGAUUCUACCUCUGAGAGUGUUGAGGUCAUUGUUGACAGUCCAUCUGAUAGUCAUAAGUCCCUUGAAAGUGCCACUGCAGAUACAUAUAUGCCCAUCAAUGCCAAAUCCCCCAGCCUUGAAGAAAGCUUCGGAGCUUCAAAGGAGAAUGGGCAGUAUCGAGGAAUCAGCGAUGCAGCUGAGCUUAGCUUUACCACUUCACCUGUUGGUGAGUGCGCAGAAGGUGGCCUCACUGAAGGUCUAACAAGUAGUUACUCAAUGAGUGAUAUUAUAGAGCUGGAUAAGAAGACUGCCAGUGAUAUUCCACCGUCAGAAGCCAUUGAUCAAGUUCAAGAAACUUUAUUGGACAACCAUGUAACUCAGGACAUGUCCUCACUGUUGGUUUCAGAGGCCUGUCUUGACCAAAUAAGUCAGGACAGCCUUCUUGAUGAUAGCACCUCUUCCACUCUUCCAACCAUUGAGAAUUUGGCUGAAACACCAGAUUCAUUAGACUGUUUGGAUGUGGUGCAUGGACAGUCUUUGGAAAUGCCUGUUAAUAAGCUUCAACCCCCAUACAAAGCAGCUGACAGUGGGUAUGAAACAGAAAACCUGGAGUCACCUGAGUGGAACUCUCAAACAGGCUUGAGGGAUUCCUGUGAAGAAAAUGAGUUGGGAAGUGCCAUGGAGCCUGCAGCACUGGUUCCACCAGAAAUAGUCAUUUCUGACGUGGACACUGUACCUGAUGUUCAGGUGAAUGGUGGUAGAGUUGAUCACCAACAAGAACCUGGUGAAGUUCCCUUGGGUGGAAACUACCGAGACUCCGCUUACUUCUCAGACAAUGAGGAACUGGACAAGAAGAGUGAUGACAUCAGUGGAAGCGUCCUUGGAGAUGCUUCAUUUUUGCUCCAGAGUAAUCGAGAAGCUGGCGAAAGUCAAGAAAUCGAAGCUGUUGAGGAGCAUUCGGUAUCUGAGACUUCCUCUGAAUCUGCAGGUCCUAUGUUAGAAUCAACUGAGGGCGAUGUCCAGGCUACAAGGACUGUACUUCCUGAGUUGGUUCUUACCACUGAGGAAGACUGGAGUCAGGAAAAACCAUUGACUGUUGAUGACUCUGACCAAACUCAUCCCCAUGCAGCCCCAGAACAUGCAGCAAAAUCCACUACCUCAGUGCAGCCCUCAACAGACAUGGUCAUGGUUCAUGCAAAACUAACCAGAACGUAUGCUGGGGAGAUAACAAAGAAGAAGGAGCCAGAUAUGGAGGGGAAAUACUUGGGCAAGCGCGAUCGAUCCUCAUUGGAAUUCGGCACCGAGGAUGGGAUGGAUGCUGAUGAAGAAGAUGAGAACAGCGAUGAUUCAGAUGAGGAUAUGCGUGCCUACCGAUUACACAGCUCUAGUUCUGAGUGCAGUGAGGAUGAUGUUGUGCACCCGGUACCUGUUAUCAUCUCGGACGACAGCAGUUCCCUCAACCUCAAAGGCUUGCUGAAACCCAAAUCUCUUCAGACUGCCAAAGCAACAUCAGAAGAGGGCAGCAAUGGAGAUAAUAGACGCGGAGUGUCAUUCUUUGACGAUGUCACCGUCUAUCUUUUUGACCAGGAAACCCCAACAAAGGAACUUGGUGAGCAUACUCUUGACCCCAGUAGUCAAUUGUCUGAUUUCAGCAGUCCAGUGGCCUCCUCCAGCUUCUUUAACAGAUUUACCAACUCUGAGAGCUCCACUGAUGAAGAAGGAGGUGCGUUUGAGUGGGAUGAUGACUUCACAUCUCCACAGCCCAAUUUCCUUUCAAAGGCAGCCAGUGAUCAUUCUGCCAGCAGGCCCAGUGGGACCUCGGCAGCUUCUAAGUAUUUCUCACCACCCCCUGCGAACCGCACCCUGGAGCAGAGCUGGAACAGUCCCUCCAACUACUCACGCUUCUCCAUCUCCCCAGCCAGCAUCGCCAGCUUCUCCCUCACCCACCUCACAGACUCCGACAUUGAGCAAGGGGGAAGCGGUGAAGAUGGAGAGAAAGAUUAAACAAUCUAUAAGACACACAAAUAUUGGAGAUAUAUCGCGGAUGUUUUUGAUUUGAAGGCUUUGAUUGCUUCUCAGGCAGCAUUGGUAUUUAUUUGAGAAUAUGAAGGGGACUGCAGAGACUGAGCUGAUGGCAACCUGUGUUCUGAACAUCAUCAUCGGUUUUCCAUAAACUAUGAUUUGCUAUGUUUUUCAUCAGUGCAAUUUGGAGGAACCUUGCUUCGCUUAUGCUUUAGAAACUUCUGCGCACUUCCAAGUGCCCUGCCUCACUUUUUUUCUUUUGCUCAUUUGCAGUUCUUCAUAGUGUCCACAUUUUGCGUCAGAAGGAUGAAGAUGAAAUUUAUCACUCAACCAGAGGACUCUGUUAAACACUAAUGAGCCAAUAGACUCAAACUCAGUUGUGCAAUUGAAAUCGAAUAAUACUUGCCUUUUAUUGUAACACUGGAUUUUAUUUUAUUUUUUAUGUGAAAUCUAGUGUGACGAGCUUAUUUAUAUGGAUUUGAUGUCCAAUAGAAGCAACAUGGGUCUCCACAGAUAUUUUUGUACAGUGUUUGGACUACUUACAAACCACUUUCACCCAACUAGCGUAGUUUCAGUGACAUGUUUUAUAUUAAAAGAUGUAGAAGUCAGGAUACGGGCAGCUGGAGAGUUUUGGCUAUGAGAUGCUAAGUCUUAAGUAGUGAGCAUUCUUUGUCGUUGCAGUCUGUUCAUGAGGAAUUCACGGAGUGCUGCGCAUCAGGGCUUUUAGCUGUCGGAUUGUAUAGUGAAUGGGCCAUCGCAGUGCCUCACAGCCCCUCUCAUCCCACUUGAGGACGCCCUUCAUCCGAAAUGAACUUCAGUUCAGGUUUGCAUUGUGUUUUUUAUUCAGUGCAAAGGGGAUCUAGAACAUAUCAAGGUCAUAUUUCACCUCAAAAUCAAAUUUUUUCUCUAGAUUUUGGUUUGAAAUGUGAACCAGACACUCAUUGUUGGCGGGAGAUUGAACUGCAUGUUCAGCGAGUAACUAUGAAAGCUUUGGUGGUCAGAGAGACUAGAUAGCCAGCAGAACUUCCAGAGGUAAUGGCUGCUUGUAGCAUUGAGUAGAAAUACUAUUCAAAGAAAACAAAACAAAGAACCUCCCUAAAGUUCUGAUUCUUUUGUGUUCACAUUAAAGAGCAGCUUGUGAAGACUCAAGGGAUGGGAAAUUAGUUUUCCCUCUUUUUUUUUUUUUUUGGUGCGCAUGUAUUAUUCAUUGGACCUGAAAGGUAAUCGUCAUAGGUGGCAUAAAUCAUUUAUAUUUGCCAAUCUUGCUGCUCAUGAUGCUUUGGGUUGACGAUGACAGAGAUAAUGUAUAUAGUAGAAAUCAAAUCGAGGUGAAACUACACAAUCAGCAAGAAGAAAGUCAACAUCAUUGAAUAUUUGCUUGGUUCAGUCUGGAAGAAUGUUGAUUUUGGUAUGAUAUACAUAAAUUGGGAGGCUGAAUAUUUGUUAUUGCUGGAAUGAUCGGGUUCAUAGCGUCUACAUCCCCAUGUAAUUCAGUACAGUGAUUUCUAUGUUUUAGACAUGUUGAAUAUCUGUAUUACCAGCACUCGAUUUCAGUUCAACUUGAAAUUUUAUGAAAGGAAAUUCUUUGGUUUUAUUCUACAGUAUACUUUGCUUAAUCUUGCACAUCUUUAAUGUUGAAUUGUUCUCCUGUAUAUAAAUGUUUAAUUUUGUCUGUAAAUUGGGAACGAUGUGAGUAGGUAUGAUGACUGAUUUUGUAAUUUAAAGCUAAAAUGUGACCGAAGUGAUCGAAAAAGACAAAUUAAUGAUGAAAUAUAUGGGGAAAUGCAGGUCAUCGUGUCCUUAUAACUUGUAAAUUUUAAAAAAAAUGUGAUAUUUUUACUUCAUAUUGCUGAUGAUCAUGACUAGUGUCAUUGAAGGAAUGGUUUAUAAUUAAUUGCUCUGUUUAUUAUGGAAUUAAAUGACAAUGAACUUC